AUGGAUGGAACAAAUCACACAGUGGUGUCAGAGUUUGUGUUCUUGGGACUUUCCAAUUCCUGGGAGAUCCAACUUGUCCUCUUUGUGUUCUCCUCCAUGUUUUAUGCGGCAAAUGUGAUGGGAAACUCUCUCAUUGUCCUUACAGUGAUAUCUGACUCUCAGUUAAAUGCCCCUAUGUACUUUCUUUUGGCUAAUCUUUCUUUUAUUGACCUGAGUGUUUCUUCUGUCAUUUCACCCAAGAUGAUUUAUGACCUUUUCAGGAAACGUAAAGUCAUCUCCUUUGGAGGCUGCAUUGCUCAGAUCUUCUUCAUUCAUGUUAUUGGUGGUGCAGAAAUGGUGUUGCUCAUAGCCAUGGCCUUUGACAGAUAUGUAGCCAUCUGUAAGCCUCUCCACUACCUAACUAUUAUGAGCCAAAAAAUGUGUAUUUUGCUCCUUGCUGCCUCAUGGCUAAUUGGUUUGAUCCACUCCAUGAUUCAAUUAAUUUUUGUUCUAAAAUUGCCAUUUUGUGGCCCCAAUGUGUUGGACAGUUUUUACUGUGACCUUCCUCGAUUUAUCAAACUUGCUUGUGUAGACACCUACAGAUUAGAGUUCAUAGUCACGGCCAACAGUGGGUUUAUAUCUCUGGGAUCGUUCUUCAUACUGAUCAUCUCCUACAUUUUCAUCCUGAUCACAGUUCGAAAACAUUCCUCAGGUGCCUCAUCCAAGGCUCUGUCUACUUUAUCAACUCACAUUAUGGUGGUGGUUUUGUUCUUCGGUCCUUGCAUCUUUGUUUAUACCUGGCCUUACCCAACAUCACACCUAGACAAAAUUCUUGCCAUUUUUGAUGUGCUUCUAACUCCUUUUCUGAAUCCAGUCAUCUAUACAUUGAGGAACAAAGUGAUGAAAAUGGCAAUAAGGAGAGUGUGCAGUCAAUUUCUUGUUCACAGAAGUAUUUCUCAAAUGACAAAAGUAUUAUGA